GAUAAAAUUGCUCUGCUCAUUGGAGUUGUAUAUGUGUGGUUGGUAAUGGCGCUCAUUUUACAUGCAUUUCACCUGGAGUAUUGAUACUGUGGCACAGUAACCUUCACAGGUGACCCAACAACAACAACAAAAAAAGAAAACAAAGACCUUAAAUUUGCACUGCUGAUUGGAUUAAUGAAGGUUUUAAGUAACUCUGUUCUGUCUAAAACACUAACCGUAAGCAACAUGGAACCACCUGGUGAGGUGAUAAAGACACUACUAACAGAACCAGCAGAGCUGAGAGAUACUGAGAACCUCCAACUGGUGCUGUCAAACAGCAAGAACUUGGCUUCUUCCCUGAUUGAUCAUCAGUGUACAUUCAGCACCAAGACAAACCAAUUGCGCAAAGAACAGGCAAAGUGUGAUUUGUCAUCAGGCAACAUGGAAAGAAAGCCUUUCAAGCCAUCAGAGAAAUCUUGCUGUCAAGUCCAACACUCUCAAGAUGCCAGAUUGAAGCACUGCAAGAAAAACAAACCAAAGGGAACGUGGCCUUUCCGUAAAAACUCAGCACGCAGUGAAUCCCAUUCUUCCAAGAAUGACGGCCUUUUUGAUCGGCCUCUUAAAGACGUUUGUGAUCACAAAGAUGUUCUCAGCAAGCCAAUCCUGGAUAUCCUGACUGUCCUGCUCCAGAAAGGACCCUCAUCAGUUGGAAUAUUUCGAAAGUCGGCAAAUGUAAAGACCUGCAAGGAACUAAUUGAAAAACUAAACACGGGAAAGGAAGUGUUCUUGGAGGAGGAACCCGUCAACCAGUUGGCUGCUGUCUUCAAGAAUUUCCUACGGAGAAUCCCAAACAGCGUCCUGGCGACCGAACUAUACGAUAGCUGGAUGGUGGCUAUGGAAAAAGUGCCCUCUGAAGAAAGAAUUGCAGAGAUCAAACAGCUACUGGCAAAACUUCCAACCCACAACUGCCUCCUACUUCGCUAUGUGUUUUGUCUGCUCCACUACAUUAAUAAGCACUCGGAGGUGAACAGGAUGGAUGCCUACAAUCUUGCUAUUUGCAUUGGCCCAAAUAUGCUCUGGCCCAACAAACCUCCACUGGAUGCACUGCAGAAAGAAGUAACUGCAAAGGUUGUGUCUCUGACGCAGUUUCUGAUCGAGAACUGUUGCUCGAUAUUUGGUAAUGAGACAACCACACUUCUGGGUGAACCAGCACAAGGGCUAUCUGAAAACACCGACAACCUGGACAUGUCCCCAUCUCACCAAAACGACUCUGCCUACGACAGCACUGACCAGGAUGACUGGAAAGAGGGAGAGAAUGAAAAAUGGCAAAGAGCAAACUCCAGCUCUUGCCGACUGUCGAUGAGCCAGGAAAUGCUGAGGAUGGCGAGAAGGCAGGACUGUCAAACAGACGUAACCGCUAGGGCCACAGCUUCUUGUAGCAAUGAAUCAAUUGAUGGCAGAGCAACCUUUGGACCAAACGUAACAGCCCAUCCAUCCGGACUUGCAACUGGACAGCGAACCAUGAGGGUUAAUAGACGCAGCUCUGAGCCGACAUUAGCUGUUGCCUUCAACCCGAGAAAGAUCAACGGGCAGGGAUUACUUGCAAGAAGCCAUGAUGAUUGUUCAGUACCGUUUGACGUGGAUUUCAAUCAGCAUCAAAUGAACAAACAGGUAUCUGAGGAAAGCUUUACGAGACAUGUCAUUCACACCAGGCCGGGCAACUUUAAUGUCAGUUCACACUCUGAGCUUUCUACUGCCUCCUCUUCAAAGGCUUCUUCAGUUUCUUCUCUGGCUAGCUCAUGUUCAAACAUGUCAGAGAACUCUGUUUUUAUUUGCUCCCCGCUUGUUUCCCCUACUUGUUGUCAGGAGAAUUAUGUCUUUCCAGACCAUUCAACUAAACUUCAAACUAAUGCAAUGCCAGACUCAAAUAGUUAUGUUAAAAGCACUAAAGAAAGAGCCAAGAAACCUCUAACAAAGACUUACAGCUGGGGCCCAUCGAGGACACUUCAUACAAACCAAGAAUCAUUCAAGGAUAACACGCUGAGAGAGAAGGUGCCGACCUGUCAGACGGUCCCUGAGGCCCAAGUUGAAGACAGUGGAACUGCCAGAUUCAGGGCUCGCUUCAUGUCUGUAGAUGAAGUGUUUCAACAGGUUGACAGUAAAAAACGCCGCAGCCCCCCUUCUUAUACUCAAGCUAUUGAAGAAAGUUAUCCAUCUAUUCCUUCAACGAAGCAAAUGACAGUGAGAAACAUGAAAAGUCAGUUGCAGCGGAAAGAACACAUGAGAUUUGGUGGCAAGUUAGUCGCCGGACAGAGAGACAGACCUUGUUCGUUAACAGACGAGCUGCUCUAUCCUUCACAUGAACAUCAGCUUGAUCUUGAUUCCUGUGAUGAACAAACCACAGUUUUUUAUCAGUCUCAAGCUCUGCACAAUUGUUCUGAGCAUAUUGUGCAUCUUACAAGACCUGAAAAAGCACAAUGUUACAGAGGGAGAGCUAUGUCAGAGUCUGCAGGCAGAAGCACGCAUCAAAUGUGGUCCACUCAAGCCUUUGUGGGCUACAAAGACUUUCAGCAUGCUAAAGAGUCUUAUGUGUAACAUUUGCACAAACUAUAAUCCAUGUUGUUAAUAUUCUGUUAAUGCACUAGGACAACAUAAAAGCUGUUAUGUUCCAUGAUGUCUUCCGUUAUGGUUGUAUAUAGUCUAAUGGAAUAAAAUAGAACCAUUAA